GGGAAGGCCAGAGCGUCCUCGGGAAAUUCCCGCGCCCCUGCUGGCCAGAAAGCGCCUGGAGACAGACUUCCUUCGAGCGGAUUGCACACUCCACUUCGCGCGCAGGGACACGCGGCUCUCCCCAUCUCUGCACCCAACUCCACCUCUCCUCCCCUCUUCUAUCCCCUCCCGCCAUCAGCCCCCCACAACACCUUCUCACUGUGACCGCCCGAGCUCUCGGCAAGGAGACCAGGCAGCCAUCUGCACUGGUUCCCUCAUAAGUUGCGCGCAGGGAGCUCAGAGACGGCGACCCUGCGCUCCACGCUAGCACCGAAUAACCGAGUCCUAAAGACAAGCGUUGGAGGGAGCGCAGCCUCACAUCACCCGCUGCUGGCCGCGCGAUCUUGGAGAUUCAGCGCGGGACAUUGACACCCUGGUCCUAGUUCCUGAGGACCUCAGACUCCGGGAGGAAGGGUCUGUGGGCAGUCUGGGCCCGCGAACAGGUACAAGCUUCUGUCCCCCACGCCGGGGCGCUGGAACGUUGACUUCGCGAUCUGCGCGGGCCGAGACGAGUCCACCGUCUGAGUGCGCCCUGUGAAGGGCCAGGCAGGAGGAACCCCGAGUCAGGGCUCCCCAACUCCGGCUGAGCUCCCCUCGGCUUGUCCCUCGUCACAGACCGCUGCAGCAGCGUGAUCCACCGGAUCUCGUUGGAACCCAGCCUGAAGCCCCGGAAAGCUGCGGUCCAGGAAUCUGGACCGCGCGCGCGGGCGUGGGAACCUCCACCCACACCCCCUGGAGCAGACGACCGUAGGAGCACGCUGCCGGGGACCGAGGGCGCGGCCUGGGUUGGGAGAGAAGGUGCGGGCGCGGGGAACGCUGGGCGGAGUCCCGCAACGGAGCCGCUAGGACGAGGCUCGCUAGCUGCAGCUCCCGACGACGCACACCACUAGCGGGACUCCGCGCUCACGCCCCGGGGCGCCCAGGCUCCGCCCCCUACCUGCGCCUCCGCCCCGCCUCCGCCGCUCCAUUGGGUAACCCCGCCGCCCGUCAGACGAGCCCCCGCCGCCCUUCCCGGGCCCUGAGCUGCUCCUCUUAGCGCCGGGGCCGCCGGCCCGCGCCACUCUGCCGCGCUGCACCCGCCCCGGACCCCGCAGCUGCCCCGGCCGCCUGCGGCGGGCUCAGGGCGGACCAUGCGCCCUUCGAGCGCACCGCCUGCCCGCUGGCUCUGCGUGCUGGCAGGAGCCUUCGCCUGCGCCCUCGGACCAGCGGGCAGCCGGGCAGCCAGCCCACAGCAGGAGUGUGAGUACCUGCAGAUGAUUGAGAUACAGCGCCAGCAAUGCCUGGAGGAGGCCCAGCUGGAGAAUGAAACCACGGGCUGCAGCAAGAUGUGGGACAACCUCACCUGCUGGCCGCCCACCCCUCUGGGCCAGGUGGUGGUGCUGGACUGCCCACUCAUCUUUCAGCUCUUCUCUCCUAUUCAUGGACAUAACAUCAGCCGUAGCUGCACUGAAGAAGGCUGGUCACAACUGGAGUCGGGCUCCUACUACAUUGCCUGUGGACUGGAUGACAACACAUCGAGUCUGGAUGAGCAGCAGCAGACCGAGUUCUACAGUGCCGUGAAGACUGGCUACACCAUCGGCUACAGCCUGUCCCUCGUCAGCCUCCUGGUUGCCAUGGCCGUCUUGAGCCUGUUCAGGAAGCUGCACUGUACCCGAAACUACAUCCACAUGCAUCUCUUUAUGUCCUUCAUCCUGAGGGCCACUGCUGUCUUCAUCAAGGACCUGGCCCUCUUCAACAGAGGAGAGAUGGACCACUGCUCUGAGGGCUCGGUCGGCUGCAAGGCAGCUGUGGUCUUCUUCCAGUAUUGUAUCAUGGCCAACUUCUUCUGGCUGCUGGUGGAGGGCCUCUACCUACACACCCUGCUGGCCGUCUCCUUCUUCUCCGAACGGAAGUACUUCUGGGGGUACAUACUCAUCGGCUGGGGGGUGCCCAGUGUAUUCAUCAUGGUAUGGACCAUUGUCAGGAUCCAUUUUGAAGACUUUGGGUGCUGGGACACCAUCCACUCCUCACUGUGGUGGAUCAUAAAGGCCCCCAUCCUCACCUCCAUCUUGGUGAACUUCAUCUUGUUUAUUUGCAUCAUCCGAAUCCUGGUUCAGAAACUACGGCCACCCGACAUUGGGAAGAAUGACAGAAGCCAUACUCGUAAGCUGGCCAAGUCCACGCUUCUGCUGAUCCCCCUGUUUGGAGUCCACUACGUCAUGUUUGCCUUCUUCCCUGACAACUUCAAAGCCGAGGUGAAAAUGGUCUUCGAACUUGUUGUGGGGUCUUUCCAGGGUUUUGUGGUGGCCAUCCUCUAUUGUUUCCUCAAUGGCGAGGUGCAGGCGGAGCUGCGCCGGAAGUGGCGGCGUUGGCAUCUGCAGGGCGUCCUGGGCUGGAGCUCCAAAUCGCAGCACCCGUGGGGAGGCAGCAACGGUGCCACGUGCAGCACGCAGGUGUCCAUGCUGACCCGCGUCAGUCCCAGCGCGCGCCGCUCCUCCAGCUUCCAAGCCGAGGUCUCCCUAGUCUGACCGCCAGAGGCCGCCCGGCCCCUUCACACCUCCCCAUGCCGGCACCGGGAGCAGAGGUCUGCAGCAGCGCCGCUGACUCCAACCUUUGGUCUCGACACAUUCCUUUGCUGCAGCCAGGACCGGGUCCAUGGAAGCUGGAGAGCAGGGAGGUCCAACCCUGGAAGACGCGGAGAGGAACCAGCAUCAGACUCCGCCUCCAAAGGCUCCUCUGCCAGUCACGCGCACAAAAUCAGCAUACACCUCCUGGAGAGCAACCGCCGGUCCUCAAAGCUUUGGGCAAAAUGGUUCUGCCCUGUUCGUGCCUAGAAUUCCACUGUGGCCCUCAAGUCGCUUUGGGUCAAGCGUUGCCAGUGAGACUCCUCUCUGAGGAUGCGCUCCUCUCCCCUGUUCUUAUCUGCCCGCUCCUCCCGUGGGUGAGUUCCUCUACCUCAGGCAGAUAUGGUUGUGAGCUGGAGUUUCAGUUUGGGGACCACAGCUGUGUUGUGAUCCUCGCUCAGGAAGGAAUUGUCCCAGUGUCGGUCUGUUCUCAGACCUGGGAGCUCAGGGACCUACCUUUGGGAAGGGAGCAGACAGCCCCAGCCAGUGCCCACCAAGGGGCUUCGUCUGCAGGACCAAUCACACCAGCCUUAUGCACAACCAAAGCAAUAGUGAGCCCCCACCUGGGUGCUCGUCUACACGCCAUUGCCACAGCAAGGGCCAGAGACAUGAACACGCAGGCCCCUUGAUCCUGAGGUCACAAAUAGGAAACUGAGUCUCAGAACAAGUAUCUUUUCCUGUCACUAAUGCCAACAUAAAGACUACCUUUUUACAUAUUGUGACCUGCUGGAUUCUCUUGGAGUUGUAUUACCAGAGAUAUUACCCUCAUCCCCCAGUUGCUGUGCCUCCUUAGAGAGUGACAGAGUGUGUCAUUGACAUUAAAGAUGGGGGGAGGGGGGUCAAGGCAGCUUAUGCCUCCCUCUACCCUUGCAGCCACACAGCUUCUAACCCAAGCUGGUUUCAGCAGGUCCCCUCAGAACUGCACCUUGUAUUACAAUAAAUAUUGGCUCUAACAGGCUUAGUUCCCCUGGCUGGUGUGGGUCUCCUGCAUCCUCUAAGCAAGUGUGCCACCCACUUUUCCAAUGAGAGAUGGAGUUACCACCCUUCUAGCUUUGGACAGCCCUACAUUUCCAGGUGAGGACUUAUCCCCCAGAGCCUUUGACUCACACCUGGGUGUGAAGAGGUUGUAACCAGCUCCUUUGUGACCCUCACCCCCUAAAUCCAGCUGGAAGGAGACUGAUUCUGCAUCGGACCAACUCAAAACAGCCAAUAGAACAGUCAGAAACAGCAAGGUUUCACACUCGUUCCUGAAAACACAGCAAACAGAUUCCUACAACCAGGUCACUGUUGCCUAGGAGCCAACCAAGAGGAUUAGAUCAGGGCAGAUGUCCCAGCGCAAGUCAGCGAGGGGAGGCUGUGUGACUAACGGAAAGGUUUAGAUGUAGCAGUGUGGCAAAGCAGGUGACAUCAGCUGGUCAGAGAGAUGUAGCUCCCGAGGGUUUGUAAACGCAUGUCUGUGGUUCCACUUUGUAAACAUGUGGCGUUGUCUUGCUGGACAAGCCAGACAUGGAUGCCAGGCUGGUGCAGAGGCCGGGAUGGGCUAGCAGAGGCUCAGAUACACCUGCAAGGCCCCUUCAAAGGCUGCUGCCACUCAGUACCAUCCAGGACAUGUCAGAAAUACCUCCUGAGGUAUGUGAAGGCCAGAAGGGACCCCAUGCCUAAAUGAAUGGGCCCUAAAUCUCCCCAGCAGUACUGUCUUGUGGCGUGGGGUAAAUCAUGGAGCCCUGGGAGGUGUGCAGUUGCCACCCAAGAGGAUAAAGAGUGAGUAAAAGUAAGACUCAAGAUGUGUUCAAGACAGGAAGGGCAGAGUUGGGGCACUGCUCCAAGAAGGCGAGAUGCCCAGUGGAGGGUGUUCUGGGAUAGAGAGAGGCUGGAAGCCUUGGUUGAGGAGCUAAGAAAACGUGUGCCGAUAUCCUGGGUCAGUGACAGCCGUGGGCAGGGGUGACUCCAGGCAGGGCUAGCCCAGUCCCUUCUUCCUCUGCCAAUACCCAGGUCGCUCUCCGGUCCUGCCAGGGACCUGUCAAACCAGGCCAACUCAUCUCUAGCGCCAUCUGGUGGACACUUCAAAGACUUUACCAACUUUGUCCACCUUAGAGCUUAAUAGUCAAGGUCUCUCACAGGCAGGCAACUGACACAGAAACAGGCCUCUGUUCUGAGCUCCCAAGAGUAAGAUCGAGGGUGUGGUGAGGAUCAUACCCAGGCCAGCUCCACACCUCCCCUCAGAUCAAACCACUGGCCCAAGUGAGUCCUGCCUUGACCCAAAAGAACCUAAUGAAACCCAGACGCUGGUGGCUCCUUAAAACUACCCACAGUCUCCAAGGACAAAGGCCAGUUAAUUCAGGUGGGUAAGGACAGGGAGCCAUACCAUCUGAACCCAGAGAGACUCCAUCCGCUCUCUGGGAAAGGCCUGAUUGCUGGUAGUCUUCCCACUCUGGGACACAGCCUGUCCGAGGCGGCUGGGUUACCUGCUACAGAACGUCACUGAGGUGUUUGAGGGAUAUGAGAGGCCUUAGGAUCCCAAGGAAACGUGUUUAGGUGUCAGGGACACCUGAAUCCAGCUGAGUCGAUGUUGGGGUGCUUGCCAGUAGAGACAAAGAGCAGGUCUGUCAGAUGAGGUGGAGAGAUGGUGGGGGCUUGAUGCGGAGAAGGACCCAGGGUGUAUGUCUGGAAAGGAUGCUAGGCCAUCAACAGCAAAGUGAGGCGAUCGGUUGGGGAGACAAUGGCCUGGUGUGGCACGUGUUGACUGUAAUGUCUGCAGGGUGUCUGAGGAGAGACCCUCUAAGGCUACUGGAAAUAUGACAUAAAGGGACAGAAGGUGGGAAGACCAAGGCAGCGCCUUGGAAGAAACAGUGAGUGGAAGGGUAAGUCCCCAGCACUCCCACGGGCAUGCUGGGCACAGUGGGUGAGGACUCUGACUCAACCCCUCCACCCUAGCUGCCAUGCAAGGUCUUGUUUUAAGCAGCAGUGGCGAGCUUCCCUCCCCCCAUGUGGGAACAGGAACAGCUCUUAUCUCUCUGGGGGAAGGGGAAGGAGCGGGACCACAGCUGGCAGUCAUUAAACACCCUGCCCCAGCCAGGAUGGCCAAGCUAUUAAUAGCCCGGAGUCUAUGACUCUGAAGACACAGACUCCCAGGAAAAGGGACAGAGUAACCUCAGCAGGCCAGAGGGAUGCGUCAGGAGGCCAUCUUGGCAAUGUCCCAGCCUCCACACAACCAAAAUCCAGAGAAGGGAAGUCACUGUAGAGGAUGGUGUUGAACCCAGCCCUCAAAUCCCAUAGCCGUGCCUCAGAUAGUCUAUAUAUUGUCAAAGAUGGGAUCGUUUGGGUGUGCCCUACCUGGAGACAUGAGAAGCGUCCACCAGCCAGCAAUCCUGAUUCUGUCUUGAUAUAUUGUUCAUCUUGUAUUUUUGCAUUAAUUUUGAUAUUUUAAAAUACUGCAUUAAAAUAUUAUUUACUUUGA